CUUUUCCAUAGCGUGCCGAGCGAGGCGCGAUUGUCGAUUCUUGCCAAUUCUGGCCAAUCGUUUUUCUCAGCACUAAGGGUUCGAAAAGGCACGGCACAGCUUGUAAUGCAUAAUAAGAUAUGUCAUUAACAUCAAAAUUGUUUCUGGCAGCAUCUUGUGGUGUUUCUAUAGGAAUUAUUAGUUAUGUUCACAUAAAACAGCAGGUUGACAGGGAGCGACUGCACGAGGGCGUUAUCCGGGACGUGGAGCGGCAGCAGAGGCGCAAGACUGAGAACCUGGCCGUGCUCGGCAAGCAGCACGACCUGGAGAAGAUCCUGAAGCGAGAGCGGGACAGCGGCCACGCCGACAGCGAGCACCACUGACGCUGAACAGAGCCGCCGGCGGAGGGGUUCCGAGCGCACUCGAGUGGCAGGCGACCUACGUCGCUCCUUGUGGCCGGAAGUUGCCGAUAUCGGGCCGUGUUCUCUCAGGCGUUCUAGUCACCCCGUGGGACGUCAUGACGCACGCGGACUCCCAGUCCGCCGCCGAGCAGAAGCUGCCGCCGGCGCUGAUGCCGGCCGCGCCGCCCGCCGGCAUCAGCGACAACCUCACCGUCAUCCCGCGCAAGAAGCACGUGUGCGAGCUGCAGACCAUCAUCCGCGACAAGACCACCUCGCGUAGCGACUUCAAAUUCUACGCGGAUCGGCUGAUCCGGCUGGUGGUGGAGGAGGGCCUGAACCUGCUGCCCUACACGCCGGCUAGCGUGACGACGCCCACCGGCCGCCAGUACCAGGGCUUGCAUUACCAGCGUGGCAACUGCGGCGUCAGCAUCGUCCGCAGCGGCGAGGCGAUGGAACAGGGCCUGCGCGACUGCUGCCGCUCCAUCCGCAUCGGCAAGAUCCUCGUCUCGUCCGACCUGGACACGCACGAGGCGCGCGUCGUCUACGCCAAGUUCCCCGAGGACGUGGCCGAGCGGCGCGUGCUGCUGAUGUACCCCAUUAUGAACACAGGCAACACAAUCGUGCGCGCGCUGCAUGUGAUGCGCGAGCACGGCAUCCAGGAGGAGAACGUGAUCCUGCUGACGCUGUUCUGCACGCCGGCGGCCGCGCGCCUCGUCACCGCCAGCUUCCCCAACCUACGCAUCCUCACCUCGGAGAUGCACCCGGUCACGCCAAACCACUUCGGCCAGAAGUACUUCGGCACCGACUGAGCGGGUGGUCGCCGCUGGGAGGCUGGUCUGCGGACCGGGAGGGGGUGAUACGUGGCGCGAGCGGCGGGCGGCGCCGUCCUGCUCAGGGUAGCGAGCUUUGACGCCGAGUUGAGCGCGGAGUCGACUCACGACGGGGUGUCUGGGACCCGGGGCUGGUUUAAUUUGGUCGAAGAUGUUUAUGUGUUGGCGAAAGCUUGCAGUUCUGUAUGGCAUUAAUAGUUUUCCGCGCUGGGCGCCUGGAUUACUCAUCCCUUGCUAUAGGUGUUUUUGCUUUUGCGUGAGAGCGUUACAUAACCCCGUCCGAAGAAAUAUAGAGUUUUGGUUGAUGA